GCGUCUUUGGCUUUACCUAUGUUAUCCAUAUUAGUUCUAUAUACUGGCGGAGAAUUAUAUGGACUGUUGCGUGUCGAGUGAAAUCUCUGAUAAAAAUACUACUACAUUUCAUGGAAAGGCGCAUGGAAAGCUUUCUUUUUCUAAAAAUUUUCAGAUUUUUUUUAGCAGUUUCUAAAACUUAAAAUUAAAUGGGAAAAAGGUUUUACUUUUUCAAGAAGUACUUUUACCUGCCACAAUGCCAAACGAGGCCUGCAAUAAAUAUUAGAAAAGAUCAGGUUCAUGUUUUGCUUCAUGUUCACUUGUCUUCGCAAAUGAUCAGGUUCAUUGGAAACAGAAAGUCAAAAUGGUUGAUUAGUGAGGUCCCAUGUGCGGCCAUUCUUUUUCUUUAUUCUUUUUCUUGAACAGAGAAGGCAUGUGAUAUAUCUAUAUCAACGAGGAUAUAUUGAUUCAAGGCAGUCCCCAUCAGUCCGGCUUUCCCUCACUUCAACCAAUAAUUAAUUAAACAAAGUGCACCACUAACCCAACAGCAACUGCCAAGAAAACAGCUCCUGCAAUGCAAACAAUUUAACAGCACUCAUAUUAUACUCAUUACAUCGUUAUCAGCAUCAUCAUAUCUUCCUCUUCUUUCUCCUUAUCAAACACCCUCUCUCUAUCUCUCUCUCUCUUUUUAUAUGGGUUCUCCAGGUGGUCCUCGUACAUAUUCUGGUGGACUUGAGAAGGAAACAUGGAGGCACACGCUCACUCUAUCAUUCCAAAGCCUUGGAGUGGUUUAUGGUCGGUUGAGUACUGCUCCUUUAUAUGUGUUUGGAACAAUUCCAGCAGAAGAAUUCCUAUCAGAUGAAACUGCAUAUGAAUACUUCUCCUUCAUUUUCUGGACUCUGACCAUAAUUUCUUUACUUAAAUAUGCACUCAUAGUACUGAGGGCCAAUGAUAGUGGGGAGGGUGGAACUUUCGCAUUGUACUCAUUAUUAUGCAGACAUGCAAAAGUGGGUCUGCUUCCAGAUGAUAGAAGCACCCAUGAGGUUAUAUGUCAUGAAGGGGGUAGCCCUCAAAGAACCAAGGUUGAAUCAAGGGCUCGAAGGGCUAUUAAAAAACGUAAAAGCAGUCAUUAUUUAAUGCUAUUCUCUGCACUAUUUGGUGCUUGUAUGAUAAUUGGGGAUGCUGUGCUGACCCCCUCUAUUUCUGUAUUAUCAGCCUCAUCAGGUCUUCAACGAUCAUUGUCAAAAAUCAAGUAUUCAUCAUCAGAAAAGAGACAACAGUCCAUAUCAGAUGCAUUAGAAAGAUAUGUACCUGUUCCUUUUGCCUGUGCUGUUUUGGUGUGCCUUUUCAUGCUGCAGAAACAUGGAACCCAUAAGAUUGGGUGCAUGUUUGGUCCAGUUGUUUCUUUAUGGCUCUUAUUCAUCAGUGGGGUGGGGAUAUAUAACAUAUUCCAAGUGAACCCUAAAAUAAUUGGUGCAAUCUCCCCAGCAUAUAUGUACAAGUUUGUGAAAAAUAUCAAUAAAAGGAGUUGGAGGUCGCUAGGCAGCAUUCUUCUUUGUGUUGCAGGAUCAGAGGCAAUGUUUGCAGAUCUUGGUCAUUUCUCAAAGAAAUCUAUUCAGAUAACGUUUACCUGCUUGAUUUAUCCACUUCUAGUUUUAUGCUAUGCUGGUCAAGCUGCAUUUAUCUCCAAAAAUGUGAACACUUCUAAAGAUUUCAACCAUCUUAGUAAAUCUAUUCCUAAUCAUCUCGGUCACGUCUUCAUAGUUUUGUCGCUGCUCGCUUCAGUUAUUGGAAGCCAAGCAACAAUAACAGCCAGCUUCUCCAUCAUAAACCAGUGCCUGGCACUUGGUUGUUUCCCUAGAGUAAAAGUUAUACAUACAUCAGAUAACCGCCAUGGGCAGGUAUAUAUACCUGAUGUCAACUGGUUAUUGAUGGUCCUUUGCCUCACUGUAACUAUUGGUUUCCGUGACUUGCAUAAAAUUGCAAGUGCAGCAGGUCUGGCAAUUGUUUCUGGGAUGGUAGUUACUACUUGUCUGAUGUCUCUUGUGAUUGCUUUGCAAUGGGAGAAGCCUCUGUACAUGUCAGGAUGUUUUCUAUUGUUUUUCGGUUUUGUGGAGGCUGUGUAUUUAUCAGCAUGUCUGUUGAGUUUUCACAAAGGAGGCUGGUAUCUAGUUGUCCUUUCUGCAGUGACAUUCACAAUCAUGCUUGCAUGGCAUUACGGGACAAAGAAGAAAUAUGAAUUUGAUUUACAAAACAAGGUGCCCACAGAAUGGCUCACAGAUUUUAGCCCAGGGCUUGGAGUUUCUAGAGUUCCUGGAAUAGGUUUAAUUUAUACCGAUAUAGUGUCGGGAAUUCCAGCUUUCUUCUCACAUUUCAUCACAAACCUUCCUGCAUUUCAUCAAGUGCUGAUUUUUGUAUCUUUCAAGUCCCUAUCAGUGCCUCAUGUGCCCCCAAGUGAGAGAUAUCUUGUAGGCAGGGUUGGUGCCAAAGACUACAGAAUCUACAGAUGUAUUGUCAGAUAUGGAUACUGCGACAGUGUCAGGGAUACAGAUGAUUUUGAGCAGCAGAUAAUUUGCUGUAUCGGAGAUUUCAUUUCUUUAGAAGAAAAUGAUCAGGAGUCCCUGAAUUCCCCUGAAGGAAGAAUGAUGAUUGUCGGGAAGCCAUCACCAGAGGGAAAAGCUUUGAUUCCUUUACAUGGAAGUUGCUCAACUUUGGGGCAUCCAAACAUGGAGAAUGACCAAACUCAUGUAGUAAGUCCAGGCAGAAACCCUGUCACUAGAAAAAAGGUGCGGUUUAUGUUACCUGCGAAUAGUCCUAAAAUGCUGAAACCUGUCAGGGAGGAACUCCAGGAACUGGUAAAUGCAAGGGAGAGUGGCACUGCAUAUUUCUUGGGCCAGUCCCAUUUAGCAUUGCGCGGCAGCUCAGACUUUAUCAAGAGAUUCUUGAUAAUGGCCUAUGUUUUUCUUGAUAAAAACUGUAGAGAGCCUCCUGUGGCACUGAACAUACCCCAUGCUGCUCUUGUGGAGGUUGGCAUGGUCUAUACUAUAUAAUCUGUAAUAAUGAAGCCAUAUCAUACAGAAGAUUACUGCACAACUUUGAUCUUCUCAUCUGCUAAUAGAGAUAAAUUUUCAUAAUUUCAUGAUAAAAAUAUGGUGUGGCAAUUCAAAUGUGCUUGCUAGAAAAUACAAAUUUGGAAGUUAAUAAAAGAAUCUGUUCUAAAUUUAAUAA